UGCGCUUCCCACUGUCAGCCAGCAGGGGCACUGUGUGGCUACAUGCCCGUCCAAUGGGGGUAAUGGAGACGGUGCGGGUGUCCGCCGGGCGCAUUCCCGCUCAGGUGCUGGAGGGGAGAGGAGAGGAGGCGGUUGUUAUCCUUACAUCGCACAGGGUCCUCCGGUGUAUUGCUGCUGUAGGAGCCCUGCGCCAGGGAGAUCCCUGUACUGCGAGAUGACGGAGCUGAGGCAGAGAGCCGGCCGGGAGCAGGAGGCGGAGGAGAAGGAGGUUGAACCUGACGCUAAAAUUAUUGAUGGAGAGACCGCGUCGGACAGCGACAGCAAAACAGACACUGUCGGCACUCAGCAAGGCACGCCGACGGAUGAUACUCCGGAAGUCCUCAACCGGGCCUUGUCCAACAUGUCAUCCAGGUGGAAGAACUGGUGGGUCAGGGGCAUUCUCACUCUGGCCAUGAUCGGGUUCUUCUUUAUUAUCAUCUAUCUGGGACCCAUUGUGCUCAUGAUGAUUGUGAUGUGCGUGCAGAUAAAAUGUUUCCAGGAAAUCAUCAUGAUUGGCUACAAUGUCUACCAUUCCUAUGACCUGCCCUGGUUCCGAACGCUUAGCUGGUACUUCUUGCUGUGUGUCAAUUACUUCUUCUAUGGAGAGACGGUCACCGACUACUUCUUUACGUUAGUCCAGAGAGAGGAGCCGCUCCGAAUCCUCAGCAAAUACCAUCGCUUCAUCUCCUUCGCCCUCUACUUGACAGGUUUCUGCAUGUUUGUGCUGAGCCUGGUGAAGAAGCAUUACCGGCUACAGUUCUACAUGUUUGGCUGGACUCAUGUCACUCUCCUGAUUGUCGUUACACAGUCUCACUUAAUUAUUCACAACCUGUUUGAAGGCAUGAUCUGGUUCAUAGUGCCAAUCUCCUGUGUGAUCUGCAAUGACAUCAUGGCGUACAUGUUUGGGUUCUUCUUUGGCCGAACUCCCCUCAUCAAGCUGUCUCCUAAGAAGACGUGGGAAGGAUUUAUUGGAGGCUUCUUCUCUACAGUCCUGUUUGGAAUACUGCUAUCCUACUUCAUGUCUGGGUACAAUCACUUUGUAUGUCCCGUGGAGUUUAACAAUGAUAGUAACAGAUUUACUUUGGACUGUGAGCCGUCAGAACUCUUCCAGCUACAAGAAUAUCCUAUCCCUGCUAUGCUGCAAUCUGUCAUCGGUUGGAAAACAAUAUGGAUGUACCCCUUCCAGAUACACAGCAUUGCCCUUUCCACGUUUGCUUCACUCAUCGGGCCGUUUGGAGGAUUCUUUGCCAGCGGAUUCAAGAGAGCCUUCAAGAUCAAAGAUUUUGCCAAUACCAUUCCAGGCCAUGGAGGCAUCAUGGACAGAUUUGACUGCCAGUACUUGAUGGCCACGUUUGUGAAUGUGUACAUUGCCAGCUUUAUCAGGGGACCCAAUCCAAGUAAACUAAUUCAGCAAUUUUUAACUUUGCGUCCUGACCAACAAAUUACCAUCUUCAACACAUUGAAACUGCACCUUACAGAAAGGGGGAUGCUGGGAAACGGCGAUGAAGUGUAAAUCUGCUAUGCUUCUGGUCUUGGCGACUCCUCUACCUGGGGCAUGUGGGUUCACUGUACAACAAUGCUAUUCCAGCCUUUCCCAGAGAGGACUCAUUAAACCCUUUGCUGCUGGAGAAGGUCCAGAAGUUAUUUCCUUUUUUAAAACGGGCAAUUUCCUCUUUUUGCCUGAUAUUUUUAUUUUUCAGGUUUCCUUUUUUUUUUCUCUUUAAAAGCUUCUGUUUACAUGUACCUCCUGAAGACCGAGCCUGUUUCCUAUCCAGUUCUGCUCAUGUAGGUGUAACCUAUAGAAGAUUCCACAUACCGACCUCACACAUGGACUACUUAUUGGGGGACAUUCCUUAGUGUGUUGGAAAGAAAGGUCACUUUCCAAAUUCCGAAUUAUUAAAGGGGUCGGGGUUGCACCGUCCAAUUUCAAUAUAUUGUAUUGUACAUGCAACUCCUACUAAAUACGUUGUACUCUCUUUCCAGCUGCUCUUCCUUUAAGCCAUGUAUGUAUCCAAUGCAGAGAGCAGCUGAGCCCUACCAUACACCAUAUAAAUGGCUUUGUGAAAGCUGAAGGAGGGACGUAUACAAAGACAAAUUAAAGUUAUCUUGUGGUUGGAUAUGCCUUUUGGAUAACGCUUUGUUUUAGGUUUUCUUAGCCCCACUUUCAUCAAUGUCCUCCUUUUUAGUAUUUUUAGAGGCUCUUAAGGGAUGUUUGCAUUGUGUUUUACCAGCCUUUCUGAGCUUUUAUUCUCUCAGCACUGACACAGAUCCUAAGUUAUAUAUAUACCUGUUCACAUUUUAGCAUUUAUAUUUAUAUAUAUUUUAGAAUUUUAUAUAA